AUGGCAGGGAAAACUUACCGCUGCGAUUCAGUCUCUAGCAGUUGUUCUGUCAGAAACAUCAGUCCCAGUUCCCCAAGUCGACCUUUUGCAAUAGUUCGCAUUGCGCAUAUUCUGCUGAGAGCGCGUUUGGAUUUUGGCUCAGUGCGAGCCGGAAGCAAUGGCGGGGCCGUGUGGGUCCUAAGGCUCAUGGCAGCCCAGGAUGGCGAGCGGAAAGGCUGUUGUUGCUGCGGGCUGCGUGGCUCGCAACGAAGAAGAAGAUGGCUUCAGAGACGGCUGCGAUCUUAUCAGCCCGUACCGAGUCCAGGUGUGGUGCUGACAAUCUACAUCGUAGCUGGUUGCUGCUUCCUAGUGCUAGGAGUUGUGCUGCACUUCACCAACGAGGGAGUUGUUGAGUUGUACCACGACUACACGGACGACCCGGCCGACUCUAACGGUGUAGUUUCAUUUGAGCUCGAAGUGGACGCUGACAUGAAAGCACCCAUAUGGGUCUACUAUCAGCUGUCCGGCUUCCACCAGAAUCAUCGGAUGUACGUCGAAAAUCGGGACGAUGCACAGCUGAUGGACCCCAACGAAGCCAGCAAGGGGGUGGCUCCCGAGGUGUGCAUUCCGCGUGCCGAGACGGAUGGUCGCACAAACUAUCCCUGCGGUCUGAUUGCAUGGACAGUCUUCAAUGACAGCUUUGUGCUGGUCGAGAAGACCGCCGCAUCUGAGCUGCGCUUAGAGGUUGACAGCUCUGCGAGAUCCAUUGCCUGGGCCGGCGAUGUAGAGCGCUUCAGCAACCUGGACCCAGAGGCCGAAAGCCAGCGAACACCGGGCGUGCAAAACCAGCAUGCCCUCAACAUGUGGAUGUUGGGCUCCUUCCCACCUGUGGAGUGCUUCCAGGUCCACCUGGGGCCAGACAAACCGUUUGUCCCGAUUGAGGUGGCAACUAGGACAGAUUUCGCAGACGGGUCCCCAAGGGAAGUUCCCGACUGCCAAGGGUACAUGACAGGUGCUGCUACCUGCAACUUUGUCAGAAACAACGAGACCUUCUCCUGCACCGGGGAUGACUAUGAAGUGCGUCAAGUGCAGGACUGGGGAAUUGCCAGUGGACACUUCUUAGUGUGGAUGAGGACGUCGGCUCUCCCAAAGUUCAGAAAGGCCUGGGGAAAGGUGGAUCGGGACAUCAAGGCCGGCACCAGGCUGAAAGUCUAUGUCGUGCACCGAUUCCCGGUCCGGGAGUAUUACGGCCGGAAGGCCAUCAUUGUCACCACCAGUUCGGUGGUCGGAGGGAGGAACCCGUUCCUGGGUGCGGCGUACCUGGUGGUGGGUGUCGCAUGCUUCCUCUUUGCGCCUUUCUACUUCAUCAACAGCGUUCGACAGGGUCGGUCCACAUGGGAGGUGCGACCGGCGUGA